AAGUGCAUCAAAAACAGCAAGAUGUACAACCUGCAGCAGUACAUCCUCAAGCAGCAGAGGGCUGAGUCUGGGGAGUCCUGUCCACCACCUGCAGGGGUCUCCACUACAUCAGCUGCCCCUACACCGCCUACAUCUAGCAUUCUAGGACCAGCAGCAGUCUCCAGAGCCCCGGCUGUGUCUCCACCAACAGCACACAGGACGGAGCCAACAGCGACGGUUUCCAGACCUGCUGAGCCUGAUGACUCCUCUGGGAUUGUUGCUUCUGUGAAAGCCAGGCUGAAGGCCCCGCUGCCAGCCCCUUCUACCUCCUCAGCUCAGAUGAUAUGUGGACUUCAGCAUGUGGAGCCAGGCUGUCGUCAUGUUGUGUUAAAUUGUGACAAGCACAGGGUACAGCCCAACAUCCCAGCUGCUGUAGCUAUGGAGACCGAGGAUCACUGCCCUGCUGCUUUGGUGGCCACAGACUCUCAGGAGACCAGUGAAGAUCCAGUUGGAGUGGUGCUGAUCACACAGCUGGAGUGGUCUUUCAGCAGGGCUCCGGUCCCAGCGGUCCCAGCACACAGCUGCUACCAGAGGCAGUCUUUCAUGGAUACAGGUCAUUCAAAUGACCUACCUACCAUCCUCCUACAGACCAGGAGGAGUCUCUGAGCCGGUCUACAGUGGAGCGGAUUGGGUCAGACAUCCUGGUUAAACAACAACAACAACAACAACAUCAUCAUCAUCAUCAUCAUCAUCA